GACCUCACUUAAACCUUAGUUGUUCAGCAUUGGGUAUCUGAUUCGGUGUUAUAAUGUCUGGUCGGGGCAAAGGCGGUAAGGGGCUGGGGAAAGGAGGUGCUAAGCGGCACAGGAAGGUGCUGCGGGAUAACAUCCAGGGCAUCACCAAGCCCGCUAUCCGCCGUUUGGCCCGUCGCGGAGGAGUCAAGCGCAUCUCCGGGCUGAUCUACGAGGAGACCCGCGGGGUGCUCAAGGUUUUCCUGGAGAACGUGAUCCGCGACGCCGUCACUUACACGGAGCACGCCAAGAGGAAGACCGUCACCGCCAUGGACGUGGUCUACGCCCUAAAAAGGCAGGGGCGUACGCUUUACGGCUUCGGAGUGCGCCAGGCGGGAAGCCUCGCCGGCGAUGCGCUCGAAGAUGUCGUUGACGAACGAGUUCAUGAUGCCCAUGGCCUUGGACGAGAUGCCCGUGUCGGGGUGGACCUGCUUCAGCACCUUGUACACCUUACUGCCACUAUGUCUGGCCGCGGAAAGCAAGGAGGCAAAGCCCGCGCUAAGGCCAAGUCCCGCUCGUCUCGGGCCGGGCUGCAGUUCCCGGUGGGCCGCGUCCACCGGCUGCUGCGCAAGGGCAACUACGCGGAGCGGGUGGGGGCGGGCGCGCCCGUCUACCUGGCCGCCGUGCUCGAGUACCUGACGGCCGAGAUCCUGGAGCUGGCGGGCAACGCGGCCCGCGACAACAAGAAGACCCGCAUCAUCCCGCGGCACCUGCAGCUGGCCAUCCGCAACGACGAGGAGCUCAACAAGCUGCUGGGCAAGGUCACCAUCGCCCAGGGCGGCGUCCUGCCCAACAUCCAGGCCGUGCUGCUGCCCAAGAAGACCGAGAGCCACCACAAGGCCAAGGUUGCCGGCGCGAUGGCUCGUACGAAGCAGACGGCCCGCAAGUCCACCGGCGGCAAGGCGCCCCGCAAGCAGCUGGCCACCAAGGCGGCCCGCAAGAGCGCCCCGGCCACCGGCGGCGUGAAGAAGCCUCACCGCUACCGGCCCGGCACCGUGGCGCUGCGGGAGAUCCGCCGCUACCAGAAGUCCACCGAGCUGCUGAUCCGCAAGCUGCCCUUCCAGCGGCUGGUGCGGGAGAUCGCCCAGGACUUCAAGACGGACCUGCGCUUCCAGAGCUCGGCCGUCAUGGCCCUGCAGGAGGCCAGCGAGGCCUACCUGGUGGGGCUCUUCGAGGACACCAACCUGUGCGUUCAUGUGUGUGUGGCCUUCGUCAUGUCUGGGCGCGGUAAAGGCGGUAAGGGGCUGGGGAAGGGAGGUGCCAAGCGGCACAGGAAAGUGCUGCGCGAUAACAUCCAGGGCAUCACCAAGCCCGCCAUCCGCCGCCUGGCUCGCCGCGGGGGCGUCAAGCGCAUCUCGGGCCUCAUCUACGAGGAGACCCGCGGGGUGCUCAAAGUUUUCCUGGAGAACGUCAUUCGUGACGCCGUCACCUACACGGAGCACGCCAAGAGGAAGACCGUCACCGCUAUGGAUGUGGUCUACGCUCUGAAGCGUCAGGGUCGCACGCUCUACGGUUUCGGUGGUUAAGUUUCAGCCCGAGCUUGCUUCUAACGACCAAAGGUCCUUUUCAGGGC